UUCUAGGGACAAAGGGCAGGCAGUUAGUCUGUGGACAUCUGCGGUUGCGGACUCAAGCCAUGGCGGGGGCUGAAUGGGAGUCGCUGGAGCAGUGCUUGGAGAAGCACCUGCCGCCCGCAGACUUGCGGGAGGUGAAACGGAUUCUCUAUGGCAAGGAGAUCAGGAAGCUUGAUCUGCCCGGCAGGGCUUUCAAAGCUGCCUCCGAAGGUGACUUUGAGCUGCAGGGAUAUGCCUUUGAGGCGGCAGAGGAGCAGCUGAGGCAACCUCGGACCGUGCGUGUGGGGCUUGUUCAGAACAGAAUCCCUCUCCCCACGGAUGCCCCUGUGGCAAAACAGGUCGCUGCGGUUCACAGGCGCAUGGAGGCCAUCGUAGCGGUGGCUGCAAUGUGUGGAGUCAAUAUCAUCUGUUUCCAGGAAGCGUGGACUAUGCCCUUUUUCUUCUGUACGAGAGAGAAGCUUCCUUGGACAGAAUUUGCUGAGUCAGCAGAGGAUGGGCCCACCACCAGAUUCUGUCAGAAGCUGGCAAAGAAGCACGACAUGGUGGUGAUAUCCCCCAUCCUGGAACGAGACGGAGCGCACGGGGAUGUUUUGUGGAACACAGCCGUGGUGAUCUCCAAUUCUGGAAUGGUCCUGGGAAAGACCAGGAAAAACCACAUCCCCAGAGUGGGAGAUUUCAACGAGUCGACUUACUACGUGGAGGGAAACCUGGGCCACCCCGUGUUCCAGACUCAGUUCGGGAGGAUUGCGGUGAACAUUUGCUUCGGGCGGCACCACCCCCUCAACUGGCUCAUGUACAGCAUCAAUGGGGCCGAGAUUGUCUUCAACCCCUCAGCCACCAUCGGAGCACUCAGUGAGUCCAUGUGGCCAAUCGAGGCCAGAAAUGCAGCCAUUGCCAAUCACUGCUUCACCUGUGCCAUCAACCGCGUGGGCGAGGAGCACUUCCCGAAUGAGUUUACCUCUGGAGAUGGGAAGAAAGCUCACCAGGACUUCGGCUACUUUUAUGGCUCGAGCUAUGUGGCAGCCCCUGACAGCAGCCGCACUCCUGGGCUCUCCCGCAACCAGGACGGGCUGCUGGUUGCUGAGCUCAACCUCAACCUCUGCCGGCAGAUGAAUGACAGCUGGAACUUCAAGAUGACGGGCAGAUAUGAGAUGUAUGCACGAGAGCUUGCGGAAGCUGUCAAACCCAACUACAGCCCCAACAAUGUGAAAGAGUAGCUGGCCUCAGGCCCUGCCCACCAAAGAGGGCAUCUCUGCCCCAACAGAUUAGCAAGGCGGCAAGCUUUACAAGUCCAAGUUCUCCCUGAUGAUGCCUGAUAACGUUGCUUCCCAUAUUGGUUUAAAAAUGCCUAGAUGGGGUAUGUAGAAUGAGGAAUGACUGCUUAAUGGGUAUGAGGUUUCCUUCUGGGUGACGAAAAUAUUUUGGGACUAGAUAGAGGUAAUGGUUAUACAACCUUGUGAAUGUUGUAUAGUUUAAAAUGGUUAAUUUUAUGUUAUGUGAAUUUUACUUCAAUUUUUUAAAAGUGCCCAGGCACUGAUAGUGCAGUUUGAUUUGAAGUUAGGCAGAUGGGAUGCCCCACUCCUGAGGUUCCUCAUGUCUCCAUUUAGAUUGUCAGCAGCUUGAGGGUAAGGGUGGGAGAGGGCGAGGCUGGUCCAGAGUCACCAAA